UUGCAUCUGCACCCAGUGUUUAGAGGACUGUGUUCUAGAGGGACACAAUGAGAGACAGAGGAAGGAAAAGAGCUCUUUAGAAGACUUUAGGAGCCACUUUAUGUUUCUGCUUGAAGCUUGAAUAUGAACACUUCACUAUUCCAAGGCAUUCCCUUUCCUGGGUCUUUACUGAGGUGUUAAACCGAGGCAAGUAUAUGACAGUGGGCUGCUGUAUGAUGCUGAGUUUUUUGGAGACAUCGUCUUUCAGCCAUCGUCAUUCAGAUCCUGGCAGUCAAGACCAGCGUCCCCCUGCAGAGCUGACCAGGCCUUGGAUCCUACUGACUGCUGACAGCCAAGCAGGGGCACUGUGGAAUUUGUGUGCCUGCGUCUUUCCCGAGCUCUGGAAUGUUUAGCUGCUCAGAGUGCUGUUUCCCAGAACAGACGAUAACUGAAGCCGAGAGCUGUCCCUAGCCGGCAGCAGAGGAAGCGUGUAGCCCCGUCCUGUCAGGCCACAGCCGCACACCCUUAGCCUGCUGUUGAUAAGGCUGUUGUUCUUUGUUGCAGAAGACCUCUCCCACUAAAGCGCUCCCUUUAACCACUUCUGGAGGGAUUUAGUUUGAGGUUGUGGUUCUUGUCCAUGCCUGUAGUAACCCUUCAGGUCAAGGGCUGGAAUGUCUUGACUCCACCCCCUGAUCCGCGUGUCGGAGGUGCGGCCGGCACCGAUGGGAGCUGCUGCUCCAUCAUGAGUUGCCAUGACGCUGGUGGGCGUCGGCGCUUCGAGGACUCGGAGUUCACCUUGCGUGUGUACCCCGGCGCCCUAUCCGAGGGCACCAUUUACUGCCCGGUGUCGGCACGCAAGGUUACCUCGGCUGCCGAGGUCAUCGAGCAGGUGAUCGAGCGCCUGCGGCUGGACCGCGCGCGCCUUUAUGUGCUGGCCGAGGUGAAGGAGUUCGGCGGAGAGGAAUGGAUUCUGAACCCGGGAGACUGCCCCGUGCAGCGCAUGCUCCUGUGGCCCCGCAUGGCGCUGGAGAACCGGCUCGCUGGUGAUGACUACCGCUUCCUGCUGCGCGAGAAGAACGUGGAUGGCUCCAUUCACUAUGGCAGUCUGCAGAUGUGGCUGCGCGUGACCGAGGAGCGGCGGCGCCUAGUGGAGCGGGGCCUUCUCCCACAGCCACCGGCCGGCCACCCCCCUGCCGACCUCUGUGCCCUGGCAGAGCUCAGCGAGCGGACCCUGCUGGAGAACCUGCGUGGGCGCUUCCGGCAGGAGAAGAUCUACACAUACGCCGGCGGCAUUCUCAUUGUCGUCAACCCCUUCAAGUUCCUGCCCAUCUACAACCCCAAGUACGUCAAGAUGUAUGACAACCACCAGCUGGGGAAGCUGGAGCCGCAUAUCUACGCCGUGGCCGAUGUGGCCUAUCACGCCAUGCUGCAGCGCCGCCAGAAUCAGUGCAUCGUCAUCUCCGGCGAGAGCGGAUCGGGCAAGACCCAGAGCACCAACUUCCUCAUCCACCACCUUACAGCGCUCAGCCAGAAGGGCUUUGCCAGCGGCGUGGAGCAGAUCAUUGUGGGCGCUGGACCAGUGCUGGAGGCUUUUGGGAACGCCAAAACGGCCCACAACAACAACUCCAGCCGCUUCGGCAAGUUCAUCCAGGUGAACUACCAAGAGAGCGGCAUGGUGAGAGGGGCCUAUGUUGAGAAAUAUCUACUAGAGAAAUCUAGACUGGUCUAUCAGGAGCACAACGAGAGGAACUACCACGUGUUUUAUUAUCUUUUGGCGGGAGCAAGUGAGGAGGAGAGAAAAGCCUUCCACUUGCAGAAACCAGAGGAGUAUCAUUACCUCAACCAGAUGACAAAGAAAGCCCACAGACUACACUGGGAAAAUGUCUAUGAGAGCGAGCUGGACUGUUUCACCGUGGAAGGAGAGGAUUUGAAGCAUGACUUUGAGAGACUUCAGCUGGCCAUGGAAAUGGUGGGCUUCCUGCCAGCCACCCGUAAACAAAUCUUCUCUCUGCUCUCUGCCAUCCUGCUUCUGGGGAACAUCCGCUAUAAGAAGAAGACAUACAGGGAUGACUCCAUUGAUAUCUGUAACCCCGAGGUGCUUCCGACCAUAUCUGAAUUGCUGGAGGUGAAGGAAGAGGUGCUCUUCGAAGCUUUAACUACACGGAAGACGGUGACCGUGGGAGAGCGACUUAUUGUACCUUAUAAACUGGCUGAGGCUGGGACAGUAAGAGAUUCCAUGGCUAAAUCUCUUUAUGGCGCUCUCUUUGACUGGAUAGUCUUCCGCACCAAUCAUGCUCUUCUCAACAACAAAGACCUAGAAGACUCUGCCAGUAUUCUGUCUAUUGGGGUGCUAGAUAUCUUUGGCUUUGAGGACUAUGAGAACAACAGCUUUGAGCAGUUCUGCAUUAACUUUGCCAAUGAGAGACUACAGCACUACUUCAACCAGCACAUCUUCAAACUAGAGCAGGAGGAGUACCGUGCAGAGGGCAUCAGCUGGCACAUGAUCGACUACAUCGACAACACAAGCUGCAUCAACCUUAUCAGCAAGAAACCCACAGCACUACUCCACCUACUGGACGAGGAAUGCAACUUCCCCCAGGCGACUAACCAGACACUGCUGGAUAAGUUUAAGAGGCAGCAUGAAGGAAACAGCUACAUCGAGUUUCCCACAGUCAUGGAGCCCGCCUUCAUUAUACGGCACUAUGCUGGCAAAGUCAAGUACAGCGUCAAAGACUUCAGAGAGAAGAACACAGACCACAUGCGUGCCGACAUCGUGGCACUGCUGAAGAGCAGUCGCAGCGGGUUCAUCUGUAGCCUGAUGGCACUGGACCCUGUGGCUUCCUUCCGCUGGGCCGUGGUGCGGGCCUACUUCCGAGCAGUGGUGGCCUUCAGAUUGGCGGGCAAGCAAUUUGGCGAGAAGAAGGGAGAUUCUGACUCAGCAGUGCAGCGUACAGUUAUUAAAAGUGUUGACAGCUUCAGUUUCCUGCAUCACCCGGUGCACCAGAGGAGCCUUGAGAUCCUUCAGAGAUGCAAAGACUCCUGCAUUGCACGGAAGAAUCCACGAAGCCCUCUCUCGAACCUGCAGGGCACCAACGCCAUCAACGAGAAGUCAACCAGACAUGGCUUCUCCAGCUGUAACGGCCGCAGCUCGAGGCCGGGCCAUCUGAUGUCCGCCAGCUCCUCCCAUGAGGAUGAAGGCAUCUUUGUCAAUGCCAUGAGCAGCAAGCUUCUGGAAAGAGCGCAGGGGAUUCUCAUGCGGAACAAGAACUACAAGGCCAAACUUUGCCUUCCAAAGCAUCUGUUGGAUGUGAAGUCGCUGAAGCACCUGAGCAGCCUGACACUUCAUGACCGCAUCACCAAGUCUCUGCUUCACCUGCACAAGAAGAAGAAGCCCCCUAGCAUCAGUGCACAGUUUCAGGUCUCCCUCAACAAACUAAUGGAGACCCUCGGGCAGUCAGAGCCCUACUUUGUGAAGUGCAUUCGCUCAAACGCAGAGAAGCUUCCACUCCGCUUUAAUGAUGCCUUGGUCCUGAGGCAACUGAGGUAUACGGGGAUGCUAGAAACAGUGAGAAUUCGCCAAUCUGGAUACAGCAUCAAAUACACCUUUCAGGACUUUGCUCACCAUUUCCAUGUGUUGCUGCCAGAUGGCACGAGUGCCAGUCAGGCUGGCAUUCGAGAGUUCCUGCAGAGAGUCGACCUUGACCCAGAUGGGUAUCAAGUUGGCAAAACCAUGGUGUUUCUGCGGGAAGCUCAGAGACAGAGGCUGCAGGACCAGCUUCACCAGGAGGUGCUGAGGAGGAUCGUAGCUCUGCAGAGGAGGUUCAGAGCUCUGCUGGAGAGGCGUCUCUUUAUCAACCAGAGGCAAGCUGCCCAGGUCAUACAGCACUGGUGGCGUAAGUGCAUGCUGUCCCAGUGUGGCGAGAACGCCGAUGUUCAGGAGCUCCAGCAUGUGGCGGCCGUAUGUCUGCAGACAGCCUGGCGGGGCUACAGGGAGCGGAGGCUCUAUGUGCUGCAGAAGGAUGCGGUGCUGCUGCUCCAGAGAGGCUGGAGGCGGUGUGCAGCACGCAGGCAGACAGCUACAGCACUUAUCCAGGCUGCCUGGAGAGCUCAUAGGCAGAGGCAGAGGUAUCUUCGUCUGCGCAGAGACGUUGUAAUGAUUCAGGCUGCCUGCAGGGGGCACCAGGCUAGGAAGAGAUGUAGGCGCCUGAGAGAGGAGUGGAAGGGAGCUAGAGAAGACAGCGAGCAGCAGAACAGUGCAAGAGAAAGUUCACACAACCUCCAAACCCUUACGGAAUCCAAGCAGAGCUCACAGGAAGAGCAGAGAGUGGCGAUGGAGACCCUGCCAUCAGAACCUUCCAGAACCCUGGAUGACAGUACGCUCAAGAGCCGAGCCAAGCGUGAGAGCAGGAGGAAGAGAGAGCUGGAGCAGGCUACCUUUAGCCUGGAACUGCUAAAGGUCCGGUCCAGUAGUGCUCCUGCUUCCGACCGACCCCUUUCCUCCAAUGAAAAUGCACCACCUUCGGAGGCCACUCCCCUGCAGUCCUCUGCUCAGAGCUCCAUAGAUAGCCAUGGAAGCUUUGAACUCUUUAAUGUGGAUGACGCAGAGCCGGACACAGCUGACCUUCAUCAAUAUCAUCAUAUGUCCUCUACAAAUCAGCCCUUAUCAGUGAAUGGAAAUAAAAGUGACAUAAAAAUGAUGACUGAAACAGAAAGAACACAAACAGAAGUAUCCAGUCCAACUGAGCCAAGUAAAAACCCCACAAAUGCUCUGUUUUAUAUAUCAGAUGAAAGCAAUAGUCCCGUUCACCAGAAGCCACACAUACUGUCUGAAUCCAAGCCCACCCGAGAGAGAAAGGAGUCUGUAGUAGUCCUCAUAAGCAUGCAGAAAGAGAGCCCUGUAGACCAGAGCAGCCUUGAAGCCCUGGAGAAGUUAGAGCAAGAGGCUGAGUGGAGGCCAGCCUCUGACCAGCAUGACAGCAAUUGGUCAGGCAUACGACUUCCACAAGCCCCCCUAAAUCAUGAAACCAUCCAGCCAUCUCAGCCACCACUGGAUCCAUGGCUCAGCCAAGGACUUUCAUCUGGUGCGACCACACCAAAGGCAGGAAGUCCAGCACAGGAAGUGACCUCUGAAUCCAGGAAGGAGGAGGGCAUAGGCAAAAUGCCAGCUCAGAAGAAGGCUGUUACUCACAGUAUCAGUAUCAGUAUGAAGGAGAAAACUUCUAGUCUAGCAUUCUCUCCAAAACACAGCAGACUGACCUUCUCCAAGUCUGAUAAAGACCUGGUGAAUCAGGAACGCUCCAUGGCUUUGCAGAGGGAGAGGACAUUAGGUUUCAGAUCGUUAAAGACCAAAGAGGUGGCCAGGGAUGGCUGCCCAAAGAAGGCCCGCAUGGCUCGGACUCGCUCUGACUUCCUGACCCGCGCCUGUAGCACCGAGGCCGAUUCUGAUGAUGAGGACGAUGAAGAUUAUGAAUACACACCUGUACUCUGUCACACGCUGCCCCUCCCUGAGCCCACAGGCCCAGCCAGCACUGAGCAGGCUUUCCACAGUGACUCGGAGAUGCCUUCACAGAAAGAACAGAAACAGCUGCAGAAAACCAUGUCUUCAGGAGAUCUGGGAAAGGUGGACUCUCUAAGGAAGCCCUCAGCACAGACAGACGGCAGCAGGGUCAGGGGUAAAAUGCGCUUCUGGGGAAAGUCAAAGCAUGGUGAUAAGAAGAUGUCCACCAGAGGGUGCUCAGAAGCUGUGGAUCUGACCAACACAUGUAAUGAUUCCCCUUCUGGCAGUCCCGAGCGGGCUGGAGCACCAGACCUGCGUCGGGACAGUAAAGAGAACCGGGAACCAGAAGCGAGGAUGAUGAUGAUGACGACGACGACGAAGAGGAGGCGCAGUGUAAAGAUCAGCAGUGUGACCCAGGAGCCUGCAGCGUGGCAAAACGACUCCCUCCACAUCCUCACCCGCACGGCAGACUAUCGCAGCAUGAAUGAUUUCCUCAUGAAGAAGAUAAAUGAUCUGGAGACAGAGGACAGUAAGAAGGACACUCCUGUGGAUGUGGUCUUCAAGAAGGCUCUGAAAGAGUUUCGCAUCAAUAUUUUCAACUCCUACUCCACCGCCUUGGCUAUGGAUGAUGGCCGUAGUAUCCGCUACAAGGAUCUGUAUGCACUCUUUGAGCACAUUCUGGAAAAGAGCAUGCGUCUGGAACAGAGAGACUGGUCAGAAUCACCUGUAAAAGUUUGGGUCAACACCUUCAAAGUCUUCCUGGAUGAAUUUAUGACUGAGUACAAACCGAUGGAUGGCACCAUGAGCAAGGCUCCUAAACCAGAACGCAAGAAAAGAAGGAAAAAGGAGACAGAUAUUGUGGAAGAGCACAUGGGCCACAUAUUUAAAUCCACUCAGUACAGUAUCCCAACAUACUGCGAGUACUGCUCUUCUCUCAUUUGGAUGAUGGACAGAGCUUGUGUCUGCAAAUUGUGUCGCUAUGCGUGUCACAGGAAAUGCUGCUUAAGGAUGACCACUAAAUGUAGCAAGAAGUUUGAUCCAGAACAGUCUUCACGGCAGUUCGGGGUGGAAUUGUCUCGUUUAACCAGUGAUGAGAGAGCCGUACCACUAGUAGUGGAGAAGCUCAUCAACUACAUAGAGAUGCAUGGCCUUUACACUGAAGGCAUCUACAGGAAGUCUGGAUCCACCAAUAAAAUUAAAGAGCUGAAGAUGGGCCUGGACACAGAUGCAAAUAGCGUGAAUCUGGAUGACUACAACAUCCACGUCAUUGCCAGUGUCCUGAAGCAAUGGCUGCGAGAUUUGCCCAACCCUCUCAUGACCUUUGAACUGUAUGAGGAGUUCAUCAGAGCCACAAGCUUGCAGGACAAGAAGGAAAUGGUGAAAGGUGUGUACACGGUAAUCGACCAGCUCAGCAGGACUCAUCUCAACACCCUGGAGAGACUCGUCUUCCACCUCGUUAGGAUCUUGCUUCAGGAGGAGACUAAUCGGAUGUCUGCUAAUGCUCUGGCCAUUGUGUUUGCCCCAUGUAUUCUGCGAUGUCCUGACAGCAUAGACCCUUUACAGAGUGUUCAGGACAUCAGCAAGACCACUGCCUGUGUGGAACUGAUUAUCUGUGAGCAGAUGGUUAAGUACAAGGCCAGAUUGAAGGACAUCAGCACUCUGGAGUUUGCUGAGAGCAAAGCCAAGAGCCGUCUCACACACAUCCGAAGGUCUAUGAAACCUGUAUUAAUUGCUGUUAGGUUUAUGAGCAUAACCCGAACUGCCACCUCGCCAAGUGCAGUUAAAAAGGGUAAAAGCCGGCUGCGUAGAAGCAGCCACCACACCCCCUCACCACCCACGAGCCCACAAUCACCGACAGCAACAGAAGGGGAGGGGCCAGAUGAUGAGGGGGUGGACACAGGACUGAGUGACCAGCAGCAAGCAGCAAUGCAACAGGAAGAAAAAGUGCUCACUCAACAAAUAGAAAAUCUACAGAAAGAGAAGGAGGAGCUGACUUAUGAGAUGUUGGCACUGGAGCCGCGCGCAUCUGAUGAUGAGCUUCUGGAGUCCGAGGCUUCGAUAGGAACAGCAGACAGCUCAGAGAACUUAACAGCAGAGCAAGAAGGAGCGACAUGUGAGGCCUGGGAGAAAAGCUGUGUCGCCAUCCGCUCAAGGAAGUCCGAGUCCAAAAGCAGACGUGCUCUCCACCGCCAGCCUGAGUCUCUGGACUCAGUGGACUCUGCCAUGGCCUCGCUCUCCUCUGCCUCCUCCACUCCUCAAUACCGCUUCAGGUCCUCCUCUUCCGGCCCGCUCUUCUCCAUGGGAGGCGAGCAGUACCCCCUCCUUGAGCAGGAGGCAUCAGAGCGAACCGUGCUGACCACACGAUGCACUUCCAGUUCGGAGAAGAUGCGGCCAAGGAGCAGGGAGAACCGCAGUUGCCCACCCAGGCCCCGGGACUCUGGGGAAGGAGGGGGCCGGCGGAGGGACACCGAAUUUGGGUCAGGGCAGCCACUGGUGCUGUAUGGUAAUAAUGAAUUUAUGGUAUGAGGACGAGAGGGAGCCCCUAUAGGCUGAAGCUGGUAUUCAGAGACCUGAAAGUGUAAAACGGCUCUCACAAAAACAAAUCAUGUCUGAUCAGAACAGACGAGAAACGCAGGAAGAGAAAGAGAAAAUGCAAGAGAUGGAGAGAGAGAGAAAAACACAGCGACAAACAGAGGAGUACAUCUGGAGGACAAGGUGGGUGUGGGAUAAAGGCAGUUAUCUUGAGAAUUAAUAGCCUGUAGACACACCUUUGGGUGGAUGCUGACCACUGUCAGACUAACUCAGGCACUCUCAGCUUAGGAUGUCAGUUGGAAUGGUAGGAGAAGAUCAGGAUGGAGUGACGAUGGGAAAGGAAAAGAGGUAUGCUGGGGGUCAGCCUGCCGAAGGAAAAUCCCCACAUCCAUAUGAGCCACCCUGCUAAGAGGGCCUGCGGGACUGGUCCUUCUCUCACCGUGUAACCUUGAACUGUCCAUCCUCAUGUUUACAAAACUGAGCCAAUCAGAAGUCAGCUGACUUCAACUGACUGCACAGCGCUUUGCUACCACUUUUUCUUCGCGAUACUGAGAUGCCAGCAUUUCAGACAUUCAUAAUGUGCUAAAUAUGUAAGAUAAUAUUAUUGUAUUAUUCAGAGGAAAGAAGCAACAUAACGCAGUGCUGCUGGGUGGUCCAUGGGAAAAGGGUUUAGUUGUCUGGAAUCUUUUGCAAUUUACAACAGUAUGUGUGUUUUUAAGGUGUCUUUGUGUCAAUGUUGUGUCCUGCAAGCUUGUUUGCAUUUUUUGUGGUUUUGUGGUUCAAGAUAUUUUUACAAAAUAAUAUCUUGGGAGGACAAAGGUUUGACAAGACAAAAACAGCUAUAAUGUAGCUAUCUCUAUUCAUAGCCAUAUGCAUUGGAAUAUGUCCACAUGACAAAAUGCCUUCUGUUUUCUUUCUUUUGUUGUUUUGUUUAAAUGUUUGCAUAUAUGAGUGUUUUGUGUGACCAAAUCAGGACUUGAAGUUUUUGUUUCAUUUUACAUUUCUAUUUUUUGUGGUUGAUUUAAAUACUGCUCCUAAUAUAUUGGUGUUUUUAUGUCCUGUCCCAUGUAUAAAAAUAUAUAUCUUUUUUAUGAGAGCGAUCGUUAUUUUAAUUUUUUGCAGUAGGUUUCCUUUCAUGCCAUCAGCAUACAUUGCUUGUCUCUUUACAGCAGAACUAAAGUUUUCUUUAUAUUCCAGUCAUAUAGCUGGAGACUGUCUGAAUAGUACAAUUAUAAAGUCAAUUACACAUUUGGAGCGUUAUACCCAUUAAACUUGUGCACUAGUUAAAAAAAAAAAAAAAAAAAAGUGGAACUGUAUGCCAGAAACCAGUUUAUACAGACUAAUCAUGUACUCUUAUAGAAGCACACAACGUUGGUCUGUUGACAGUAUAUACUGUACUACAUUUAACAAAGAGUCACCAUCAUCCUUUCAGGUAAAAGUGUUCCAGUGAAGUUGUUUACUCCUUGUUAUGUGCUGUUACAAUUAGAUCACAUAAUCUGCCAUUCAGCCUAUUGUAUGAAUUUUUCCCUAAGGUGUAAUAGAUCAAGUGACAUGCAGCUACACCACCUGUGUUUCAGUGUUAUGGUGACUUGCAAAUUGUUCCUUCCUUUUCAAGCAACAUUUGAACAACUAGACUAGUGUAGUCUUGUUGAGUGGCCAUAAGGCUAGUCUUAUGUGGCCCACUGGGUGACACUGGAUUUGCCAAAUGUUUUACUCAGUUGUUCAGUUGUUUGUAAUCUAAAACCUGGGCCUGGGUGCUGACACUUGCAGCUUUACAAAAAGCUAUCUGAGCAUGAAAACAAGAAAAAAACGCUUACAAGUGCUUCAUGUGUUGUGUCCAUCAUAAGUGAAUGUAUUGAUUACCAGAAGGCAUGGUUCACACAAUUCUUCAGUUCUUUCCUUCACAUCUGUAAAAUAAAAAACUGUGGAAGAGUGUAGGUCAGAAAACACUGUUUUAAAGGGAUAUAUUAUCCUGUUUGUGAUGCUAAAUGUUGAAUGAUCUGUUUUGUGUUUUGACAGACUAGACAGUCUGAAGGAACUUGUUUGUGCAUCUAUAAUAAUAAUAAUAAAGUUAUUAUUAUUAUUAUUAUUAUUAUUAUUAUUAUUUGUGUGCUAGUUUGGCACCAUGCCUGAGGUUUAAUUUCUGUAUUAUUUCUUUAAUGUACAAAUAUAUGUUUAUGGAUGUAAAAAGAGUAUAAUGAACAUCCACUUAUUAAAAAAUAAUAUAA